GUGUGCCCAUCAGUGUGCCCCCUUAUAUUAGGGGUCACCAUCAGAGUGCAACUUUACAUCUUGUUCCCAUCAGAGUGCCCCUUUACAUCAGUUGUUCCCAUCAGAGUGCCCCUUUACAUCAGUUGUUCCCAUCAGAGUGCCCCUUUACAUCAGUUGUUCCCAUCAGAGUACCCCUUUACAUCAGGUGUGCCCAUCAGAGUGCCCCUUUACAUCAGUUGUUCCCCAUCAGAGUGCCCCUUUACAUCAGGUGUUCCCAUCAGAGUGCCCCUUUACAUCAGGUGUUCCCACAUCCCCAUCAGAUUGCCACCUUUUACAUCAGGUUUUCCCGAGUCAGAGUGCCCCCAUACAAGUACCCCUUUCUAUCAUAGUUUCCCCAUCAGUGGGCACAUGUUAUGU